AUGACUUCGUUAGCGCCCUUCUUUAUCGCUUUAAUAUCCGUCUUUUUAAUUGUAGCUUUUGUUCAUAACCGUUAUGGCAACUGGAAAACGCAUAAUCCUCUUGUUAGCGUCAUUACGUUUGUUGCUUGGUAUUUCUCGUUCAUCAUUAUCACCAUCUUACCAUUAGAUGUGGCAUCGACUUACUACUGCCGAUGUUUAUUCGAGAAAGGAUUUAAUUCAUGCAAUAAUGCAACAGUCGAUGCAUGCAUUAAACCAUGGAUGUAUGUACCACCGGAUAUUCUCCAUGGUAUGUGGUUAGCAGUCUAUUGGUCUUCUCAACUAUUAACAUGGAUUAUCCUACCAUUUAUGGCCUCAUUUUGCUAUUCUGGAGAAUUUACUAUUCGUGGCAAAUUUAAAGCUGCUCUCUACACUAAUGCUAUAUAUUAUGGCACUUUCCUCUUAAUUUUUAUUCCAUUGGUUAUCUAUGUAUUAGCAAGACUGGGCUUUGAUAAUGCCGGAGAAAAAUUAAAAGUAAUCGGCAUUACUGCAUCCAAUACGUGGGGUCUCUUCUUACUAGUUUUACUCCUUGGUUAUGGAUUAGUGGAGGUUCCUCGAUCUAUUUGGCAAUCAUCAAGGCGUGGCUAUAAACUAUCUGUUAUUCAAUUUCAGAUAGCUAAAAUGACUACAGAUAAAGAGGAAGCCCAGGAAGGAUUGGAAACAGUCGUUAGUGAUAUAGCAGGUGCAGCUUCCCUUAUCCGUCGAUAUAGUCCUUUAUAUGAGAAUAUGAAGACAAUAUUGAGUAAGUGUCCUGAAGAACUACGGCAAAAAGUAGACGCACAAAGGACGGAACUAGAAGAUAAAGGCAACGCUAAUGAGUUACAAGAUAUCCCGACAAUGAAAAGCCUUGUUAAGUUGCAUUCUAGAUUAAUUUUGGCAAAUCAGAAAGUCAGUCGAGCAAAUGCGUUGCUACAGAAUCUUUACAAGAGAGGUUUUGAGCUUGAAGAUAUCAUCCAAAAUGAAACUAAUACUACGAGACAAUUUGCAUCGUCUUUUGAUGCUACUUAUCAAGGUCGCUGUAAGACUUUUCGAUUAACUUGUGAAUGGUACUGGAAAGUCAAAAUGCUCCCGUGGGUAUUAAAACUUAUAUCUGUGAUCCUUGUGAUAACAACUAUUGCUGUUAUUUGGUCGGAAUGUACUUUUUUCACACUUCAACCUACACUUUCAAUAUUUGCUCUUCUCAUUGAUGUGGCACAGAGAACGUACAAUUUUUUCGAUAUUGAACUUAUUUGCUUGCUGACGAUUGGAUUUAUGUGUCUAUGUGCUUAUUAUACCGUCUUCAGAAUAAGAUUAUUUAAUUACUAUUACAUUGCUCCACAUCACUUAACUAAUGAAACGAGUUUACUCUUUAGCGGAACACUCUUUUGUCGCUUGACUCCUCCGCUUUGUCUGAACUUUUUGGGCUUAAUUCAUUUGGAUAGCGCAUUGACCGGUGAUAAUGACCCUAAGUUACCGGAAACACAGUUUACUGCUAUCAUGGGCCAUCUAAAAGUAUUAUCAUUUUUGGCCAGCGGAUUUUACAUCUAUUACCCUAUAACUGUGGUAAUUUUCUGUUUGGCAACGUAUUUGAAGCUUGGUACUCGUGUACUACAUUUCUUGGGAUUUCAGCAGUUCUUUCAAGACGAUACACUUUCAACUGAAUUCUUGAACGAAGGAAAACAGUUACUGAGAAUGGGUAAUGUGACACUGUUAUUCAUUGCAUUACUACCGGGCUUGAUUCAUGACUAUAAACUUAUAUUACAGAACGAAGGAAACGAGAACACAAAAUUAAUAGAAACAAACAGGUAA